AUGGCCAGCGGCGAAUCAGCGCCGGCAGCUUCGAGCGGACUGGUUGUACCGUUAGUAAUUUGGGGAUCGAAACCGCCGGACAACAAGAUUACAACCGCUCGCUAUUUAAGCGAUACGGUCACGUUAUGGGGAAAGUUAUUGACCAUGGAUCAGUUUCGUUGGGAAUGCGUUACGUAUAGUAUUCUCGUAUCUGUUUUCACACUUUUCCAUACCGAACUUCUCUUUAGACGGUUUAUUUCCGCUUCUUGCGACGGCCAUAUGUGCUUGUGGGAGCUAGAGGAUGGUCGGUGCAUCGAUUCGAUUUCCUCGUCAUUGGUUCAUCGAUUUAUGCAAACAUAUACCUACAAAUCAUCGCGUCAUACUAGAUCCACUCGGCUAUUUUGUGUGGGGGAUUAUAGCGACAUUGUUGUUAUGGAUCCUAACGAUCUUGCAGUUGUAUUUAAUUUGAGUUCCAGAGUCGAACCAGAUUGGAUUUGUAGCUAUGACAUUGUUCGACGAACAAACAAGCUUGAACAGUGCAUUGGUAUUUCAAUGGCGGGAAUGAUCAAGAUUUGGUCAUUGGUGGAGCUGGAAAAAAAGGAUCUUGCAACACCUUUGUAUGAAGACGAAUCUAAAAGACUUGAUCUUCGAGACGUUAAAUCAGUAUCAUUCAAUGCCGUAAAUGAGCGCCUUCUGCUCACCGUUUGUUCAGACGCUUUUCAUGCAACAUUGGAUUUUGAGGAUUCGUCAUACUCAGUGCCACAUCUAUUAUUCCUCUUCUUCGUUGUUUUUUUCUUUCGAAAGACAAAACACUUUCAGAUGAUUGAUCUGGAUGAUCUUUCCAUCGCCAUUAGUCACGAAUGUCCUGUAGCAGCAGUUAACGGAAAACUUUUGGACGUUGACAAAUUAGCCGUCACUUUUGUGGAUCAAACGCUGAGAAUCUACCAACUGCCACCGGAGAAACUAGAAGGUGCUCAAGCUAGGCAGUAUUUUGGCGUGGAUCCUAGAAACUACUUUGGAAUCUCAGUGCCGUUCGAAAUUGCAAUGCUAGAUCGAUCGAAGUCAAAUCCUCGUUCGAACAAUUGGACUUUUGGUUGCGAAAACUUAAAUGGAACGAAUUUUCAGUGGUUGCACGACGUCACAUUUUCAUUCGCUAACCAGGAGAACAACCAGUCCUCGUACCAAGUGGCACGUGCUACGCAGUCAGGGCAGCUAUUGAUCUGGAAAAUUCCACAGUUUGACAAAGAUUUUUUGGCAAAGUUCACAUCUGUCACAAGUUUUCCGCUCAAGUACAAGGGGAACUAUGAGGAGAGCCUGGGAUCAAUAUGGGAAACUCUUAAUGGAGACGAUAAACCCUUGCUUCCCGUCUUGGAUUCUGGUGACGUCACAUGCUCACUGUUCGUAAGUAGUCAAGGCAAACUUCUCAUAGGUAGAGCGGAUGGGUUAAUUGUACUGACCAAUGCAUGUGAGACCUUGUCAUGUCACCUACUAGAAAUGCCGUUAGAUAAGCCAGCAACUCGCAAAUUAUAUGGGCAUAAAGGAAGGGUUUUUUUAUCUGGCGCUGACGAUUUUGCCAUCAUCAUAUGGAAUAUAGUCACAGGAGUCCGACUAUAUCGUUUUAGCGUACAUGGUGGACCGAUUCUUCGCUUUCUUAUUCCGCCUUCUAAUACCAGUAAACUCAUAAGCAAAUGCAUAUGUGCAGUUGCUGCUGAUCACAGUGUAUCCCUGCUGAAUAUUCGUGAUAUGAAAUGCGCUUUGCUGGCGUCACAGCAUCCACAUCCGGUCAGCUUGGUCAAGUGGCGACCGCUUGAUGAUUUUAUGCUAGUGAAACUCGAUGAUGGAAGUGUUUACGUCUGGGAGAUGGCAACAGCAAACAUGGAUCGGGUCGUGACAGGUGUAGCAGCAGAGGAGGUCUUGACUGCUUGUGAUGAACAAAUUGGGAAAGAAGAGGGUACUGAUCAUACAACUGCCUCGCAAGCCGUUGUAAUUAUGCGAGCUUUGCGGUAUCGUGGGAUUGAUAUGAUGAAAGGACGGUCAAAUAAUCCGGAGUCCAACAAUGCAAGGAGCGAUAGUCCGCCAACUACAAAUGAAAUGGGAGGAGUCGCUCUAGGUCCACCAAUGUCUAUUAAUCAGAUGCCUGGCUGCGAUCAAGGCACACAUCUCGUUCAGUUUGAAGUUGGAUGUCUGAUUGGUGGCAUAGUCCAUCUCGACUCCACUGAUGUGGCUCAUUCAAGGGAGCGUCCACCGUCACAAACUUCUGAACAUACGGAACCAAAUGAAGAUGCCUUAUCGAGCGAUUUUUCACGCCGUUUUAACCACCAUUUCGAAUUGAAACUCUACCUGGAUAUUGCUCGUCUUCUUCUAUCGUUGUUACACGGUUGGAAUUUGGAUACAGACCUCGAUGCUGUUUGUCUGAAAAAGCUCGGACUCAAUAAGCCUAAGCAACAAUUAUAUUUUGGAAACAUUUCGCGACAUGGCCAGCUGUCUGUUACGCUUCCACAGCGCAUCCAGCAUUCGUUUGAUCAUUAUUCAACUUGUAAUCGCUGGCAGACAAGUCAUUCGCUAACAACAACCCAUCUGCUAGCUGUAAUAUCUACUGCGAAUACGCUUAUGGGAAUAAGAAAUUCAGCUAUGCAGACUGAGAAUGUACAAUCUCGAACUUCUGUGGCUUCGCAAGCACAGCCGAAUAAAAAACUCGUUACGGAUGUUCCUUACAUCGAAGCGCAGCAAUACAAGCAAGGUUGGAGUCUUUUGGCUGCAUUGCACUGUGUUCUUCUACCAGAUCAUAUUCGACCGAGAAGCAGUUACGCAGCUCCACGAAUAGAGCUACUUUCAAGAAGGUGGCAAGAUAGUUGCGUUGAAAUCCGCGAAGCAGCUCAGGCGUUAUUGAUCCGCGAACUAUCCCGUCUGGGACCAGCAGGGCGCCGUCGACUCAUCGAGUCAUGGACACCAUUUCUUCCGCCGUUGUUGGACCCAGCACUGUCCAUCUUUGGUGCAAGAUUGCAAUCUUCCGUGCCGACUCUUCCACCGUCUGCUCCUCCUAUUCCACCAAGACAGAGAACUUCUCCUCCGCCACUUUCUCCUGUGCCUGAACCAGCAACAGGAGAGGAUGGGGAAUCAGGAAUCCAGCAAGUUCGUCGUAAUCAAGCAACGGCAAUAAUUCUUCUUGGAGUAGUGGGUUCCGAAUUCGGUGAAGAACUGAACAGAGCAGAUAUGACGCGUGCUACCGCUUUAUCGCUGUUGGAGUUAUUAGUUGCUGCACCUUCCGCUAUUUUACCAAUUCACUCACCACUUCGACGUGCAGCGAUUGAUCUUCUUGGACGAGGUUUCGUCUAUUGGGAACCACAUCUGGAAAUAAGCAAAGUUGUGCUGGGCCUUCUCGAUUUGGCUGGUAACACUGAAAAAUCUUCUUUCAGAAUUCCAAGUGCCUACUUUAGACCUAUAGUUAUUGGUGCUCCUCUUUCAUCCAUUGCUGACGCUUGUCGAACUGCUCGACAUGCUCUCACCCUUAUAGCCACAGCUCGUCCAACUGCAUUACUAUCUGCAUUGAGUAUGGAGGUAGCUCGCUAUAAUGCCGCUGCUCAACAUCAGACAAUUCAACACACCGUUGUCAGUCCAUUACUAAAGUCGAGAUCGGAGGUGUUGAGAAUAAUUGACGAGCUCGCAGAAAAGCGCUAUAAUGAUGUCAUAGAGAUGAUGUUACCUGUUGGAGACGUGCUUGUACACUGUCUUGAUACUUCAUUAUUGAAGCAGAAAACGCUUGCGGAUGUCUUUCCACCAAUUACCAAGUUUCCCAUGGUUGCGUAUUGUGCCUCCACGCGUCGUAUAGCAUUUGGUGGUAAAAACGGCACCUGUGUUGUUCAUGAGCUAAGAGCAGCGAAGGCACAUAGUCUGCAAGCACAUCAAGGUCCUGUUACUGCUGUGGCUUUCUCAGAAGAUGGAAAAUAUUUGGCUACAUACGGUGGAGAAGAUGCUAAAAUCAACUUCUGGCAAGCCUGUCAAACAUUUUUAGGAAUGGGUCAGAGUCAGAUGAAGCUGGUAAAAAGCCAACCAGCGCCAGCAAUGCAACCAGUUAGCCCAGACGAUAACGGGAUUGUUUUUAGACCAAAAAUGGUGUGGAUCAAUUCGAAAGCAUUAACGCUUAUGUUACCAGAGGGCCGUGAGCAAAGAUUCAGCAUAUAA